GUGCAACACUGAGUCUAGCCUCUUUGCACCAGGAUUGAUGCCUCUGGUGGCUUUUUGGUGAGCGGGACGCAGCAGGACAGCAGGACAUCAGCUUUGGCCUAUGAGAAUAUGUGACUUCUCUCCAUAGGAGAGAAAUUACACGACAAUCUGAUUUUAAAUAAAGGGAUUUACUGUACUAACACCAUCAGCACCUCCAAAGAAACCAAAUUUCUCUGUUCUCCUCCACGGGUGUAGCCUUUACCCCUGAUUUUUUUGUAGGCAACCAUGUCCAGGAGAAAGGUGAGAGGCCUGACCCGUACGGGCCGCCAGGUCAGCGAGGACCCAGACCUGGACAACCUGCUGUCCACCCUCUCCCCUGAGGAAGUGGAGGAGCUGGAGAAGACCAUGAUGAAAGUGCCUGACAUCAAACCAGAGGAUGGCAAGAUCAUCGUCCAAGCGGAGAGCCAAGCUGCGCAGCCACCUACGAGCAACAAAGUCCGGGACGCUAAACUGGACAGCAAACGGGACAGUGACACUAAAGGGAGGCUCAGUCAGAAGGAACUGUCUCUUGAGGCUGAGCUGAAGAAGGAGAGCCGGAAGCAGGAAUACCUGAGGAAGAUGGGCCUGAGCCAGGAGGGGAACGACGACAACAAAGUAGGGUUACGAAGACAAGCUAGUGUCGCAAGCGAAAGAGAUGCCAAGGUGGAAGACAGAAACAGAAAAGUUCCUGAAAGUACAAAAGAGGAGCGAAGUAGGCUUUCCAGUAGGUACAGGAAGCAGGAGAGCAAAGACAGUGAGGCGAAAGAGGCUAGUGAGAAAGAGAAAUGUGAAGACAACAGGCUAAGAGACAGAAGAGAAAACAGAGAGAGCACAGGGAGCAAAACAAAGGAUAUGAUCUCCAAGUUACAGGAUAAGAAGGAAGACAGCAAAGAGAAGGAAAAGAAAGAAGACUGCAGGAGAAGAGAUGACAGCAAAACCAAAGACAUUAUCUCAAAGCUACGAGAAAAAAGUGAAAAGGAAGUGGGCAAAGAAAAGGAGAGAGAGAGAAAAUCAGAGGGUUUCAGGACCCAAGGGCUUGUCUCUAAAAUGUUGGAGAAGCAGAGCAAGGUGCAAGAAAGCCAGGAGAGUAAAUCAGAAGAAAAGAAGCCAAAAGCAGAGGAGAAAAAAGCUGAAGAUAAAAACAAACCUGAUGUCAAACUUGCGCGACAGCCGUCUGAAAAGGGUGAGGUUCAGGUGAAACAUGACAAGGCAGAAAAAAGAACAGAUAGAGAAGAGCUGGUCAACCACAGCGACCACGUGAAAGAAAAGGAGAAGGUGAUUAGCACAGAGAAGAAAACAGAGGAGAAAAAGGAAAAAGAUUUCAGUAAAGUAAAAGUUAAAAAAGCUGAGGAAAGUGAGAAACUUGGCAACUGUGUUGCCAAAACCACCCCGAACAGCAAGGCGAAGGAGGAAGAGGGGGAUGAAGAGUCAAGCAUGUUUGAUGAGCUGAUGGAGUUGGUUCGAAGCAACAAUCCCUCCCUCACUGAGCUCAAUGUCAACAACUCAGAGGUGAUCAAGACAAAAACACUUAUCGAGUUUGCAGAGGCUUUGCAGCGUAACACCCACAUUAAAACAUUUGCUUUGGCUAACUGCCGGGCAGAUGACCAUGUGGCUUACGCCAUCGCUGGUACAAUACGCAGCAACAAGACUAUCACCAGCAUCAACGUUGACUCCAACCAUCUCACGGGCAAGGGCAUCCUGUCUCUUAUCCAGGCGCUGCAACACAACUCCACACUGACUGAGCUUCACUUUCAAAACCAGCGCCACGUCUGUGGUGGGAAGACUGAGAUGGAAAUGACCAAAAUUCUGAAAGAAAACACCACCCUGCUCAAACUGGGCUACCACUUCGAGUUAGCUGGGCCCAGAAUGACCACGACGAACAUACUGAGUCGCAACAUGGAUCGGCAGAGACAGAAGCGCCUGCAGGAGCAGAAGCAGGCCCAGGCCAACGGGGAGAAGAAGGGGACAUUGGAGGUGCCCAAGACUGGAGGUGGAGGAUAUCGGAGAAGCUCACCCAAAGCUUCCCCCAAACCUUCUCCCAUACCCUCACCUAUGCCUUCACCAAAGCUGACACCUAAAAGAGGAGCUGGAGGUCCACCACCACCUCCACCUCCACCUGGGGGUGGACCUCCAGCUCCUCCGCCUCCUAUGCUGGAGGUAAACAACAUGAGGAACUCUCUGACUCCAGGUGGUAGUAAGAACUCAAGGGACCAACUGCUUGCCUCGAUCAGAGGGAGCAAUAUCAAACAGCUGAAGAAGGUACCGGUGCCAAAGUGGUUGCAGUAACAUUUCCUGUUGGAAUAUAAAGUGAGAAAGAAGAGAGAGGAAGAACUGACAUCAAGGAGUCUUUCAAGGAGAUGAACUCUAUAUUCACCCCGGCUGCAGUUGAAGAGCUGUGCUGUGGGACAGAUGGAGGAAGUGAAACAUGAGAUGCCCAUCGGUUGGAUGAAAAGCCCUGACUAUGAGUUCUCCCCUCAAAACACUGGACCAAAAGGACUCUGUGGAGAAUGAGUGAUGCAGGGCUCUCUAUUAGCCGACUGCAGAGAGUGCCAUGAGUUUGUGGUUGUUUCUCCUUAGUUCAUAUUGACGCUUUGCUGGUUAUUUGCACUAGAUUAUAUAAAGCCCAUCAUAUAACAUGUUGGCUUGUGUAUGCAUCUGAAUGUGAGUGUGGUGGGAGUGUGCGUUGAGCUUAAUAAGAGAUUCAAAUAACUCUAUAAAAUUCUAAUAUACAAAAGUUUAUCAAUGAUAUAGUGGACAUUAAUUUGACCAUUUAUUUAUUUGUGGAGAGGGAAGCCACCUUAUACUUGUCACUUGUAAAUCUGUUCAAACUGGGAAUUCUGAAAUGGCGGAAAUAUCAGGGAAUUAACAAACAUGGCGGCCUGACUUAAGAAAACCUGGUUAAGAAAAAAAAGGUCAAGGUGGUCCUUGAUUGUGUGUCUCAUUGCCAAAUCUCAAGACAUCUCAGGCAGGGUUUUAACGGAUUGGAAAGCAGCCCAGUGGAAUCCUGGUGCAUGACGAAAGAGUUUAAGCAUGGAAAUAAUUACAUAAUGUAUUUUUAUCAGGAAGUGCAAAUGGCUGUCCUUCAGUAUCUGAUGUUAUAUUUUGUACAGAAUCAUUCUAGCCUGGGUGUUUGAAUACCUUACAUACCUUUUAUGUAAUACAUCUACAUGUAUUAACCUUCUGGGAUUUGGUAAACCAUUACUGGCUUAUAUCAACACUCCUGUUGAUUUACGUCGUACUUUUAAGUGAAUGUCAUUUCUAAAGGAAGUUAAUGUGAUAAACAAAAAUCAGAGUGGCACUAAUACUGUAUGUGUCCUGUGUAAUGAAGGAUUCUCUGCCAUAUUUGAUUACACAUGCCUUUCUUACAGAGCCUGUAUGUCUUCAAUAAAAGAUUCUGGUACAUCUGCAAUGACAAAUCACAAGUGUAAUGUUAUGCCUGGCUGAUAUCAUUAAGAGGAAUAUGUUCAGUAUAUGCAAAAUGAAAUUAAUUGACUUUUGCAAUAUUUUUCAUUAUCAUAAAUCAAGGUAUGUAUGUAUUAACAUCUGUUGAGCUCUCCUUCAUUUAAAUUGG